AAUCAUGUGAACAAUUGUAUGCGUUGUAUAAAAUAUACAAGCGAUUAUUCGCAUUGCAAGUGAAAAACAAAACGGUACGGUAAUUGCUCGUUCCUACGAUCGCCUCUUCGCGAUGAUGAUCAGAGGGGGGAAAAGCGCCUAAUCCAUCGUCGUUCACCAGGGUAUAAGAAGGGGUUCGCAGGAGCAUAGACCCGCUGAUAGGAUUCGACAGUCCCGAUAUAACGCCCGUAGGGUGCCCGUGAUCAAAGCGCUGCCGAGCCGCGCGUCGGGUGAUGCAGUGCAAAGUGUCUUUAUUAUCAUUGUCUUCGCUAUCAUAUUUCCAUUAUCGUUGUCAUCAUAAAUGAUGACAGUGAUGAGUCAUCGCGGGAUCAUACGCUCGCUGAUUUGGUGUUUGCUGUCAUUCCCGGUAUCCUUCGCCGAAAGGUUGUCCCUGGAUCAAAAAGCACCGCAGUUUGCGCGCGGCUCCGGCGGCCUGAUCUUGAAACCGCCUUUUGAGGCUGCUCAGAGAACAACGGGUCCAGCGUUAUCCACGAAUACCGUUAGUGAGGGUAACAUCCAGAGGCAGGAGAUCGCCACUUUUAAACUCGUGGACGGCGAACUAGUCCGUGUGGUAGAAGGAUCCUAUUCCUAUACGAGUCCCGAGGGGAUUCCGGUUUCUGUUAAUUAUGUUGCGGAUGAGAAUGGAUACCGAGCCGGAUUCAGAUUGGGUCGUGCUGCUUUAUCAGGUGGUAUGAUGGGAUCACGUAUCACACCUUCAGGACCCAGCAUUGGAUUUCCGGGAUCCAAUAUUAAACCCCAUGGAUCAGGAGGUACUACGUAUCUACCGCCGAAGCCGAAGGUCGAUCGGAGUUAUCUACCGCCACAAUGAUCUUGCUAAUCUAAAAUAAAAAAACGUUUCCAUUCAUCGUUUUAUGCACGAUGAUCAAUGGUUCAGAAGAGUUUGUGUUCCGCGACGUGAUCUUUUACGGAAAGCUGAAACAAUUCUUUCUGUACAAAAAUAUUGAGACACGAAUAAUCUUCGAAUUAAUAACUGUGCUAUUUUUUUCAAGAAAAUUCUCUCAGAUUUUAUAGUAUAGAUAAAAAAAAUUAUUUCAUAUAAAAGUUGCAGCUAAAUGAAUUAAAGAAGCAAAUGAGAC